UCUUCUGGAGCUCCGCCUAAUCAUGCUUGUUCUUUUCUUCCUCAAGGGCAAGUGGAGAGCUCUCAAGAGCAUCUGAAGACGGAAUACGUGUGUCAGUGGCUGAACGAAGUAAGCAAGGCGCACUUCAAAGUGUUUGUGUCUUGCUUGUUGCCUCAUCCACCCGAUUACGCCAGGGACGCUCUGGUAUCUCGCACAAUUCACUUGAAAGACGGAUUGAAUCGCCUCUUUUGCUUAAUUCCUUAUGAAGUUAUAACGUCUGAAGUUUGGGAUUAUGUCAUGCCUCAUUGGUUAGAAGCUAUGGUGAAUGAUGUUCCAGAGAAAGAGUUGAGCGAGUUGAAAAUAAUUCUAAGCAAAAUGCUAGAUGCUGAUAUGAGUCCUUUAGGAUUCGACUCCAAGAAACUCUACCGCUUUGUUGCAAUACGAUUCAAGAAGAGUUCCGUAAAAAUUCAGAAACAAGCAUUGAACUGGUUGCAGGUGUUGACUUUGUUAGAUAUAGUUAUUCCCCUUGAUUUGCUGUUCAGCAUGUUUAACGAUGGAAUAACUAUUAUGAAAGACAACAACAAAGAAGAAACUAAAAAGUCAACAAACAAUCUUAAAAGUGAAGAAAGCGAUGGAAAACGCAAAAUAGAAAAGCACAGCGGCAUCCACACGUCGCUCUCGCAAGACGUGUGCCGGCUGCUGAAAGGGAUGUUGGACAUCGCCUGGUCCGUUGGCCACACGUGCUCGUCCAUCGACGACUGCUUGUUCUGUGAAUCGUGCGUAAUAUGGUAUCAGCUCACUCUCAAGUUGGUGGAGUUCUUGGUCCCAGAGCAGCCAGUUCAUCUCCCAGACAGCGACGACCUGCUGGGAGAGGACGGCGGCCACGGCAAGAGCCCGCCCGAGGCCGACAAGAAGGCGGAGCCCAAGCCGGACGUCGUGCUCAACAUGCCCAUGCCCGAGAUACACAGCGUGGGCGGCGUCCUCGUCAACAUGCCUCACAAGUGGUGCGGAGGUGUUGAUGCGCGGAGUGUUGUCCUGCAGAUCAUGACGGCCACCGUGGAGACGGUGACGGAGCAGCUCGACCUGGCGCCCAUCAUCCCGGCCGAGAAGGUGGUGGCCGCGGUGGCGCGGGCAGUCACCCUCACUGACACCGACGAACUGCCCAACAAUCAAGACCCAGACAUCCUUUACCAUAUGCUACGCUGCCUGAACCUCAUCUGUUUGCACGGAGAUGCCCUCACUAAAGCAGCCAAGGAUCAUCGAGGCUUUUUAAUCUGGUGUCAAGAGAACCUCACCAUCAAGCACCUGUGGGACCUGUGCAACGCGGAGCACUCGGCGCUGUGCGCGGCGGGGGUGCCGCUGCUGCUGCACUGCGUGAACCUGCCGUCGGGCGCGGACGUGUUCUGGAGCGUCAUCCAGGAGGAGUUCCACGCGUGCGACUGGCGCGUGCGCUUCGUGGCGGCGGAGCGCGUGACGGUGGUGGCGCGCUUCAUGGACCGCACGCCGCUGCGCGCGCACCCGGCGCUGCAGGCGGCACUCGCCAACGCCUUCUGCUACCUCGUCUCCAGCAUGGACGACGCCAACGUGCAGGUGGCCCAGCGCGCCACGCUCUACCUCGGCACCAUCCACGACACCGCCAUCAAGUCGCUGAUCCUGUGCCUGGAGACGCAGUUCGACUCGGUGAUCGUGGACCGGCCCAUGGUGCUGCAGUCGCUGUACCAGCUGCACAACUGCCUAAGCGACCGCCGCAUCCUCACCUGGGACUUCUUCCUCAACCGCUUCGACGCGCUCUUCCUCGAGGCGCAGAUCAGCCUGGAGAAGGCGGGCGACCUCUCGGGCCUGCGAGCGGGGGCGGCGGCGGCGGCGGCACCGGCGGUGGCGGCGGCGGGGUGGCAGCGGCGGGGGCGGCGGCGGCGGGGCGAGGGCGCCGGAGGCGGGGCGGGGCAGCACGCUGCGCACUCUGAGCCUCUCCUUCGCCCCAAGUGGCCCUACAAGCGCACCAUGUCGGCGCCCGCCUCCAUCGAUUUUAUAAAAUUGUGUAUGUUGCAUGUCCAUAAAUGUUCUGAUGGCCACAUACAUUCGUUGAAUGCUGCUGAUGAUAGAAAUCUCGUCGGUUUCAUCCACAGAAUUAUUGAUUUAGAAGAAGCAGAUCAAGAGACGAUGCACCUUCUUGUGUUCUUGUUCAUGCAGUUUCUCUCUCGGCCUGAUCAGGCGUUUCCUAGCGACGAGAAAGCGCUGGCGAAGACCCAGUCAAUCGUCCUGCGCCAUCUGUACCUGCUGCUGGGGUACAACCAGAGCGACCGCGGCAUCUACAUCCCUCCGCAACGGAUGAGGUACGUCUCCCGAAAGCACCGUUCACCGGCAAUC